AUGUCAGAAUUUUCAAAAUUUAAAAAGGGAGAUUUAGUUGGUGUUUUAAAAAAAGUUGGAGUUCGUGUAAAUUCAAAAGAUAAUAAAAAGACAUUAAUUGAAAAAGUUGAAUUAUAUGUUUCAACUAAUCCAAGUUUAAAAACUAGUGUUUUAAAAUUUUUAAAUGAUACUAGUUCUUCAAGUCAAGCUGAUGAAGAAGAAAUUACUGUAAUUGAAGGUGAAGGAGCAGCAGAUGAAGAGGAAGAUAGUGAUGAAGAUGAUGAAGAUGAUGAUGAUGAUGAAGAAGAUGAUGAACUUAUUAUUGAAGAAGAAGAAUUAAUUGAAGAAGAUGAAGAAGAAGAUAAAGAUUAUCAAGCUCCUCCUCCAUUAAAUUUAAAAGAAUAUAUUUUAGAUCCAAUAAUUGCAAAAAGUGAAGAUGCAAUUGAUAAAUUUUAUGAAUUUACUGAUUCAAUUGGUAUAACAUAUUUAGAAACAAGUGAAAAAUUAAGAGAUCAAUUAUCUUCAACAGUUACAUUAAAUUUUUUAGAAUUAAUUUUUGAAUUUUUAAUUUAUUUAUAUAGUUUUACUGAAAUUGUUCCAUUAAAUAAGAAUAAAUUAAUUCAUCAAUUUUUUCAUGAUAAUUUACCUUGGUUACAAGAUUCAAAUUUCCCAACUAUUGAAAUUUCAGGAUUAUUUGAAUAUAAAUCAAUUGUAAUUGGAAUAUUUUGGAUUAUAUUUGCAAUAAUUUUCCCAUCAAUAAUAUCAUAUUUUAUAAAUUUUACUUCAAGAGUUAUUGAAAUUGAAGAUGAUGAAUAUUUAUUUAGAAUUUAUUCAUUUGAUCCUUUUAUUUUUGCUAUAUCAAAAAUUUUAAUUUAUUAUUUUAUUGGUCAAAGUAAUCUUUUGGAAUUUUCAAAUCAAAUUAAUUGGUUUUCUGGUUUAAAAAAUAAUUUAUUAAUUAAUUUAGGAUUGUAUCAUACUUUUGCUUCAACUUUAGGUACUUUACCUUAUAUUUUGGGUGGUGUAAAUGUUUUAAUUGCUUUAUAUUCACAAUUUGAAGAAUAUUAA